AUGGAGGAGGAGGAGGAGCUGCUGUUGGAAGUUGCCACCGUGCUCAGCCAAAAGACCUCAACAGUGGCCUCCUCUGAUUUUUAUUUUUUUUUUUUUUUUUUUUUUGCAAACUUGUCUUACAGCUCUGCAGGCCAAGUGACGGUGCAUUUUAUAAAUCGGGAUGGAGAGCGACUUACGGCCACAGCCAAAGAAGGGGAGAGUUUGCUGGAAGUGGUAGUCAAUCAAAAUUUGGCCAUUGAUGGAUUUGGUGCCUGUGAAGGGACAUUAGCAUGCUCCACCUGUCACCUCAUCUUUGAGAAGGACACCUUCCAAAAGCUGGGUGCCAUCUCAGACGAAGAGCUGGACAUGCUGGACUUGGCGUAUGGACUCACCGAGACAUCUCGCCUUGGCUGCCAGGUGUGUGUUAAGAAGUCGAUGGACGGUCUGACGGUGCGGGUCCCCAUGGAUGUAUCAGACAUCAGGAGGCAGCUGGAGGUUGGAAAGCAAAGCAAACAGUAA